AUGUGUGCGUGGAUAGGGAGGUGACGCUGGUCGCCCAGAGGCAGCCGUGUGUGCAGGCCUUCACACGCAUGGUUAAAGUGUGGAAGCAAGGCUGUGUGGGGCAGUCAUGGUGCAUGGGAUAUGAGAGACGGACGGCAUAUUACACAGCGUACAGACAAGUGUACAGACAGGAUUAUCAGACUGUGUACAAGUGCUGCCCUGGAUUUUCUCAACUUAAUGGAGAAGCAGGUUGUCUCUAUCCUGUGUGUAGCUACGGCGUGUGCUUCAAUGGGGGCCAGUGUCGAGAGGGAUCCACCCAGCUUUGCGACUGUCCUGCGGGAUUCAACGGACCCAGCUGCCAGUACGAUGUGAAUGAGUGUGAGGAGACCAAUGGAGGCUGUGAGGCUCUCUGCUGUAACACCAUUGGAAGUUUCUACUGCAGGUGUCCCCCUGGACAAAAACUGAAUGAAGAUGGCAAAACAUGUCAAGAUAUUGAUGAAUGCCAGGUCCAUAAUGGAGGCUGCCAGCACAGAUGUAUUAACACCAGAGGCUCCUACUACUGUGAAUGCCACCUGGGCUCUCGCCUGCAUGUUGACAGCCGCACCUGCCUCGCUGUCCACUCCUGUGCCAUCAGCAACGGAGGAUGUGAACACUACUGUGUGCAACAGUCUGCCGCUCAUUUUCGCUGCCGCUGCAAGCCAAAUUACGCGCUGGCGGAGGACGGCAAGCACUGUAAACUGCAGAACCCCUGUGCAGAUCAGAACGGAGGCUGUAUGCACGAGUGUCGAGCUGACGGCGGCAAGGCUCACUGUGACUGUAGAGUCGGUUACAUCCUGGCUGAAGAUGGGAAAACCUGCGAAGAUAUCGACGAGUGUGAGACCGAAGAAGCCAACUGCGCUCACGGCUGCCACAACACUCUGGGCUCGUUCGCUUGUGUUUGCAGCGCUGCCUAUGAGCUGGGAUCUGAUGGAAAACAGUGUUACAGAAUUGAGAUGGAGAUCGUCAACAGCUGUGAGAACAACAAUGGCGGCUGCUCUCACCACUGCCAGCAUUCAACCAGCGGGCCUGUCUGCUCCUGUAACAACGGCUACAGACUGGAUGACGACCUCAAGACCUGUGUCGACGUCGACGAGUGUGUGGAGCAGAGCUCCUGCUGCGAGCAGGACUGCACCAACUACCCCGGGGGUUAUGAAUGCUACUGCUCCGCGGGAUACAGACUCAACUCCGACGGAUGUAGCUGUGAUGAUGUAGAUGAGUGUCUGGCUGCUAAUGGCGGUUGCGAUCACACAUGCCAGAACAGCGCAGGUUCCUUCCAGUGCUUCUGCCGCCGGGGUUUCCGUCUGGACGAGGACCGGCAGUCCUGCAUCCCUCUAGAGGGUGCGAUUGAGGCCCUCUCCAGCGGAGGCUCCAUUGAGCUGCCUCUCAUUCGCCCCCAGCUCACCCUGCUGCAGGACUACAGCCAGCCUCUGGAGCGUUAUGACGACUAUGAAGACGACGAGGGGGAGCUGAGGGCUGAGAGCAACCUGGCAGAGAAAUUCGUGUGUUUGGAUGACACUUUCGGGAACGACUGCAGUUUGACGUGUGACGACUGUUCAAAUGGAGGAAAAUGUAAUCUGUGGAAAAAUGGCUGCGACUGCCCCGAUGGAUGGACAGGCAUCGUCUGCAACCAGACGUGCUCUGAGGGAUAUUUCGGUAAAAACUGCUCCUUUCACUGUAAGUGUAAAAAUGGUGCCAGCUGUGAUCCUGUCACUGGGAGCUGCCGCUGCCCGCCUGGAGUCAGUGGAGAGUUGUGCCAGGACGGCUGUCCUAAGGGCUUCUAUGGAAAGCAGUGCAACAAGAAGUGUAACUGUGCAAAUAACGGGCGCUGCCAUCGAACCUACGGCGCCUGUCUGUGUGAUCCUGGACUGUACGGACGCUUCUGCCACCUCCCAUGUCCGAAGUGGACCUUCGGACCGGGCUGCUCUGAGGAGUGUCAGUGUGUCCAGCAGAACACCGUCGAGUGUCACCGUCGCCUCGGCACCUGUGUCUGUAAACCUGGUUAUCAGGGCAACACCUGCAAGGAAGAAUGUAACCCAGGUUCGUACGGGGCUGGCUGUGAGAGGAAGUGCUCCUGUCCACCAGGAGUGUCGUGCGAUCAUGUGACUGGAGAGUGCGAACGAAAGUGUCCUCCUGGUCGUCACGGGGAGAACUGUGAACAAGACUGUCCAGAGGGAAGGUUUGGAACAGGCUGCGUUCAUCCUUGUAACUGCACCGGUGCACCAUGUGACAAAGUGACAGGACAGUGCCGGUGUCCAGCAGGGACGUCAGGAACGCACUGCGAGAACUUGUGUCCUGAGGGAUUCUGGGGUCCAAGCUGCAGAGAAACCUGCCCUGCGUGUGAGAACGGCGGCUCGUGUGAUAAACAUAAUGGAUCGUGCAUCUGUCCUCCAGGAUUCAUGGGAAGACUCUGCCAAAACUCUUGCCUGAGUGGACGUUUUGGUCAAGGGUGCCAAAUGAAGUGUGUGUGUGAGAACAAUGCUCGCUGCGACCCGGUGAAUGGACGGUGUACCUGUCCUCCCGGCUGGACCGGACACAACUGCAGGAAAGCGUGUGAUGCUGGACACUGGGGAGCUGACUGUGCAGAAACCUGCGACUGUAGAAACGGCGACGGCAGCUGUGACGCUGUGACGGGACAGUGCAACUGUGAGGCUGGUUACACCGGAGCACACUGCCAUCAGAAGUGCCCGGCGGGUAUGUUUGGUCUCGGCUGUCGCCAUCGGUGUCAGUGUGACAACAAGGCAUUGUGCGACCAUGUGAGUGGAGCUUGCACCUGUCAGGUUGGAUGGACAGGAACCUUCUGCGAAAAGCCGUGCCCUCAGGGUUUCUACGGGCUCGACUGCCAGGAGAAGUGUCUGUGUCUGAACGGUGGGAGCUGUGACCAUGUCAGUGGAGUUUGCUCCUGUCCUGCCGGCUGGAUCGGUCCAUUCUGCAACCUGACUUGCCCAGCUGGUUUCUAUGGGGAGGGAUGUAACCAAACCUGUAGCUGUCGUAACGAUGGCAUCUGCCACCCGGCCAGUGGGCAGUGUGUGUGCACACCGGGCUGGACCGGACCCAACUGCACAGAAGAAUGCCCUGCAGGGUUUUAUGGAGCAGACUGUCGGCAGCGCUGUUUGUGUCAGAAUGGAGCCACCUGUAACAAGACCAACGGAAAAUGCACAUGUGCCAGUGGAUGGACGGGCACAGCCUGUGAACUGGAGUGUGUAGCGGGUCGGUUCGGGGCCGACUGCCAGCAGCAGUGUGAGUGCGAGAACGGCGGCCAGUGUGACAGGCAGACCGGACGGUGUAGCUGCAGCGCCGGCUGGAUUGGAGAGCGCUGCGAGAAAGCGUGUGAAGCAGGCCUGUUUGGUGCUGGCUGUGAGGAGAGAUGUCAGUGUGUGCAUGGUGUUUCAUGUCACCACGUCACUGGAGAGUGUCAGUGUCCGCCGGGGUGGAGAGGAAAACUCUGUGACAAAGCAUGUUUGCCGGGUACAUAUGGGAAGAGCUGUAUGCAGCGCUGCAGCUGUGCCCAGGGCACGUCCUGCCACCACAUCUCUGGAGAGUGCGGCUGUCCUCCUGGAUUCACAGGAAACGGCUGUGAACAGACUUGUCUUCCAGGAACAUUUGGGCAGAACUGUAACCGGGUCUGCCAGUGCUCAGAGACGAACCAGCUCUGCCACCCAGUGUCUGGAUCGUGUUACUGCGCCCCAGGUUUCCAAGGUCCCAAAUGUGACCAAGUGUGUGGAAAGAGUCGUUACGGUCCCAACUGUGAGAGAGAGUGCAAGUGUGAAAACGGGGGGAAGUGCAAUCCUUCUACUGGAGCCUGUGAAUGUCCAGCAGGAUUUAUAGGAGCGCGCUGCAACAUCAUGUGUCCAGCUGGGCGUUACGGAGUCGACUGCGCUCGGGUGGCGAUGUGUGGAGACGAAGCCCAGAACGACCCGGUCACCGGCCGCUGUGUGUGUAUCCCCGGGCGACGAGGAGAGGACUGUGGACAUGGCUGCCCUCCAGGAUGGUUUGGGGCAAACUGUGCUCAACGCUGUAACUGCAGCAAUGGAGGAGUGUGUGACUCUGUGACCGGCAACUGUACCUGUGGUCUGGGCUGGACCGGUGCCCACUGCGACAGAGGUGACAAAACUCAAUAA